GUGAUUGUGCAGGGGGAGGAGGCUGUGGCGGGCUGGGGUGGUAGUAGUAGUGAAUGACACAGCUUUGCCAGAUGACAUGUAGCGGACCUCUGCAUCAGCCAAGAGGAAUUAAGCUUUGUCACUCCCCACUGGGACUACCUUUCUCCUGGUAUGUGCGCAAGGAAUUCAUAUGCUGCUGCUGCAAGCACCAGAGCAGAGCCCUGGGUACACUUGGCCACAGAAGGCAGUGAGCAAGAAUGAUAGCUGUCUCUUUUAAAUGCCGUUGUCAAAUUCUGAGACGACUUACUAAAGAUGAGAGCCCCUACACUAAAUCCGCCAGCCAGACAAAGCCGCCUGAUGGAGCGUUGGCUGUGAGGAGACAGAGCAUCCCAGAGGAAUUCAAGGGCUCCACCGUGGUCGAACUGAUGAAGAAGGAGGGCACCACCCUUGGGCUGACGGUAUCCGGCGGAAUUGACAAGGACGGAAAGCCCAGAGUCUCGAACCUGCGGCAAGGAGGAAUUGCUGCUAGAAGUGAUCAGCUGGAUGUGGGUGACUAUAUCAAAGCCGUGAAUGGGAUCAACCUGGCCAAAUUCCGCCACGAUGAGAUCAUCAGCUUGUUGAAGAACGUCGGGGAAAGAGUGGUUCUUGAAGUCGAGUAUGAGCUGCCACCAGUCUCUGUUCAAGGAUCGAGUGUUAUUUUCCGAACAGUGGAGGUCACAUUACAUAAAGAAGGCAAUACCUUUGGUUUUGUCAUACGAGGAGGAGCACAUGACGAUAGAAAUAAAUCUCGUCCAGUUGUAAUAACAUGCGUUCGUCCUGGAGGACCUGCUGACAGAGAGGGCACCAUCAAACCUGGCGACAGGUUGCUCAGUGUGGAUGGAAUUCGGCUUCUCGGAACCACACAUGCUGAAGCCAUGAGUAUUCUUAAACAGUGCGGACAAGAAGCAACACUGCUGAUAGAAUAUGAUGUCUCAGUGAUGGAUUCUGUGGCAACAGCGUCCGGGCCACUGCUAGUUGAAGUUGCCAAAACUCCCGGUGCCAGCCUUGGGGUUGCCCUAACUACCUCGAUGUGCUGUAACAAACAGGUCAUUGUCAUAGACAAAAUCAAAUCUGCAAGUAUUGCAGACAGAUGUGGUGCCCUGCACGUGGGAGACCACAUCCUGUCCAUCGACGGAACGAGCAUGGAGUACUGUACGUUAGCAGAGGCCACCCAGUUCCUGGCCAACACCACCGACCAGGUCAAGCUUGAGAUUCUGCCCCAUCAUCAGACCCGCCUGGCCCUGAAGGGACCUGACCAUGCAGCUUUGGUGUCCUCCUUGUCUCCUACCUCCAUGAGUGCAUACAGCCUGAGUUCCCUGAACAUGGGGACUUUACCUCGAAGCCUCUACUCUACUAGCCCUCGUGGAACCAUGAUGAGGAGGAGACUGAAAAAGAAAGACUUCAAAAGCUCACUGUCUUUAGCCUCAAGCACAGUGGGCUUGGCUGGGCAGGUCGUUCACACAGAAACCACAGAAGUUGUGCUGACAGCAGAUCCUGUCACAGGAUUUGGGAUCCAACUGCAGGGCAGUGUGUUUGCCACGGAGACGCUCACUUCUCCACCUCUGAUUUCCUAUAUUGAAGCUGACAGCCCAGCAGAGAGAUGUGGGGUGCUACAGAUCGGAGACAGAGUGAUGGCCAUUAAUGGGAUUCCAACUGAAGACAGCACCUUUGAGGAAGCCAACCAGCUCCUCCGAGACUCUUCAAUCACAAGCAAGGUCACACUGGAAAUUGAGUUUGAUGUUGCAGAGUCUGUCAUCCCAAGUAGUGGGACAUUUCACGUGAAGCUCCCUAAGAAGCACAGUGUGGAACUUGGAAUAACCAUAAGUUCACCAUCUAGCAGAAAACCAGGAGAUCCCCUUGUCAUAUCAGAUAUCAAGAAAGGAAGUGUGGCACACAGGACUGGCACCCUGGAACUCGGGGAUAAAUUACUUGCAAUAGAUAACAUCCGGCUGGACAACUGUUCAAUGGAAGAUGCAGUUCAGAUCCUCCAGCAGUGUGAAGACCUGGUGAAGCUCAAAAUCCGCAAAGAUGAAGAUAACUCAGAUGAGCAAGAAAGUUCUGGAGCAAUUAUUUACACUGUGGAGCUUAAGCGCUAUGGGGGGCCCCUUGGCAUCACAAUUUCAGGAACUGAAGAGCCGUUUGAUCCUAUAAUCAUUUCAAGCCUCACUAAAGGAGGAUUAGCCGAAAGAACUGGCGCGAUUCACAUAGGAGACCGAAUCCUGGCUAUCAAUAGCAGCAGCUUGAAAGGAAAGCCUCUGAGUGAAGCCAUCCAUUUGUUACAGAUGGCAGGAGAGACUGUCACCUUGAAAAUUAAGAAACAGACAGAUGCCCAGUCAGCAUCAAGUCCCAAGAAGUUCCCCAUUGCUAGCCACCUGAGUGACCUGGGAGAUGUGGAGGAGGACCCCUCUCCAGCACAGAAGCCGGGCAAGCUCACCGACACAUACCCGUCCACUGUGCCCAGCGUGGACAGUGCGGUGGACUCGUGGAACAGCUCUGGAAUAGACACCAGCUAUGGGAACCAAGGCUCUGGCUUUCAGGCCUCAGGCUACAACUUCAACACUUACGAGUGGAGGGGUUCGAAGCAGAGAGGCAGCCUGUCCCCAGUCACUAAGCCACGAAGCCAGACUUACCCAGACGUGGGGCUGAGUAAUGAAGACUGGGACCGGUCCACAGUCAGUGGUUUCACAGGGGCUCCCGAUAAUUCGGAGGCUGAACAAGAGGAGAACUUCUGGUCCCAAGCCCUGGAGGAUCUGGAAACCUGUGGACAGUCGGGAAUUCUGAGAGAACUUGAGGAGAAAGCUGACAGGCGUGUGUCUUUGAGAAACAUGACUCUCUUGGCGACAAUCAUGUCGGGGAGCACGAUGAGUUUGAAUCACGAGGCCCCAACACCUCGCAGUCAGCUGGGGCGACAGGCCAGCUUCCAGGAACGGAGUAGCUCGCGGCCGCAUUAUAGCCAAACAACUCGGAGCAACACCCUGCCCACAGAUGUGGGCAGAAAGUCUGUCACCCUGAGGAAAAUGAAACAAGAAAUCAAGGAGAUCAUGUCCCCAACUCCUGUGGAGCUGCACAAGGUGACCUUGUACAAGAGCUCUGAUAUGGAGGACUUUGGGUUCAGUGUAGCAGAUGGCUUGCUGGAGAAAGGAGUGUAUGUUAAAAAUAUUCGCCCGGCUGGGCCAGGAGAUCUCGGUGGCUUAAAGCCCUAUGAUAGACUCUUACAGGUUAAUCAUGUCCGAACGAGAGACUUUGACUGCUGCCUUGUUGUGCCCCUCAUAGCAGAAUCUGGUAAUAAGCUGGACUUGGUUAUUAGUAGAAACCCACUGGCUUCGCAGAAGUCUAUAGAACAGACUCUACCAGGAGGAGAAUGGAGUGAACAGAACAGUGCUUUUUUCCAACAGCCUAGUCAUGGUGGUAAUUUGGAGAUACGAGAACCCACUAAUACAUUAUAGCAAUGCUUUUUAUAAAGCAGGACAAAAGACAAUAUCUACAUGGUGCUAAAAAAUCCCUUUAAGAUUUCUGUGGCAUUUAAAGCACGGAUAUCAUGUGGCAUUAACUGCAAGCACAGGGGUCUUUUAAAUCUCUCUCAUGGCUCAUGUUCACUUCCCCUUUGAAGCUGAAGAGGUUUCUUUCUUGGUGACGGCUAUGGUAUAUGGCAGGCCAUUCCCUGCCGGGCCCAAUGGUAGAGAAAAAGAAAAAUAUAUAGGCCGCCCCUUCCCCCCAAUUAACAUCAGAGGAAAUUUUUUACAAGUUCAUCUUCCAGUCACUUUUUAAAAAGAGAGAUGUCUGUUUGAAAAUACUCUCUAUGACAAUUUCCUUAAUGCACUUUGAAAUCACAGUUUCUUACUAUGAAGUCGUCAGCAUUAAGAACUUGACCAAGGCUUGUCACAAAGCUGGCUCUCCUAGGGGAAAUGGAGUUUGAGACGUGGCUGGGCCUGCUGCCAUGGGAGGGGUCCAGGUGUAACAUUAAGUUAUCUUAAAAAAACGUUUCAGCAAUGAUGCACGUAGGAGACCAUAAUAGGUGGUGGUAAAUGUUUUGCCCCGAUAUAGGAAUGAUUUUAACUAAGAUGUAUGCUAUUCCCUAUGCAACAAAUUAACAAACAGGAUAUGUCUUGUGACCUGUUUUUUUUUUUUUUAAGGACACACUUUUAAUAGCUGCAAAUCUCUGAUAAUGAAUUAGAGUGCUUAGUAACACUGAGAAUGUUAUUUUUUAAAAUUCAAGACUGAGAAUUUAAGAGAGAAUGAAAAGUCUAUCAAAAUGAGGUUUAUCUUAAUGAUAGGCAAAUCAAACUCAUCUUGCUUGCCAUGUUUUGAAAACUGGUUAUAGAGGGGUGUACGGCACAUGUACCUUAAGAUGACACUGGACUAUCUUUUGUUCUGAGCCAUGCUACUUUACUGAAAUUGUAAAUACAUUUUUCACAAAAUGCAUUGCCAAUUAUUACCAUCCCUCAAAGCAAUAAACUGUGACAGUUGCUUCUAAGAUGUUUGUCAGCAACUGUUCUCAUUUGUUCAGAUCUUUUGAAUAGUUACGCUAAUAACUGUUAUUUGGUGAAUAUUUAAAAAAAAUAGAUCUGUAUAUUGACUGUAGAAUCUCCAUACUGAAAUGAUUAUUUUCCAAACAUUUUCAUUUUGGUCAAUGAUUCCAACAACUGCUUAGGUAAAGCAUUUGAACACUGUGUCCUUUGUUUAAGGAAAAAGCUCACCUUUCUUUUUGUGCAGAGAAAUAUAUUAUUUCAAUCAUAUUUCACAACCCGCCAGGGCAAGAGAGUAUAAAGCAGAAUCAUGUUAAAAGAAAAAAAAAGAUCAUGAGUCACUUAAAUAUGUAUUUUUAUUUGUAACAAACAAGUAUUAAGCUGUAAAGUAUUUUUGUACAAAUUUAAUACUUUAAUAGCAUGGUAUUUAUCGUCUAUGUAUGGUUUUGGGGAAUUCAAAAUUGUUGCAAAUAUUUGUAUGGAAAAAAAAACCCUCUACCAAAUGGAAUAAAUAGUGAUUUUAAAAAGCCAAAAAUUAGGAUAUGCA